GCUAUAAGUAAAGUAAGUAAAUAAAGAUGGAAAGCUGGGCAUGGUGGCUCACCAGUAAAUUUCAUACCUGAGAAAUUGAGGCAGUAGGAUUGCCAGGCCUUGAAGGCCAGGUUGCACUACUGAGUUCUAGGCUUGAUCCAGAACGUGAAUCUGCUCUGUGUGUUUUGAAUAUAAUUGGUGGGGCUGAUUUUUAUCACUUUCUUCACUGUGCUCCACCAGGGGGCAGAUGGAUCCAGCAUACUAGCCUCCCAACCCGCUUCUUUUCAAAGGGAAUUGGGAUUCGUAAGUCAUAUUGCUGACAGAAAGUCCUAGGACCUUUAUCACAAACUCAAAAGCGUAUGAAUAGCGCCUCAGCUUUUUAUCAAUUUCCAUUGCCACCCCUAUCUCCACCAUUGAUAAAAUUCUUUCCCUCUUCCUCUAAUCUCUUUUAAAUUCUUCUUUCCAAUUGGGUCGAAAGAGGAAAGACAGCUAGCCAAAGGCAAUGGGAAGGGCUAGGGAAACUGGCCCUCCGAGGCUGGGGAGGCAGCGCCCGGACUGCUGGAGCUGGACAGGCCUCUCCACUGGCGAAGAGGGGUGGAGCCGCGAGCAGGGCCGCCUCUCUUCUUUUCCCGGGGCCUGGGCGGAGAGGGAGAAAACUUCCUGGCUGGGACUCUGGCGGUUUCUGUCUGCCAACCCUCCGAUCCCGCCUACCAGUGUUGGCUCUUCCCGACCCCUCCCCCGGCGCCCCCAGUGUCCGCCAUGGCUAAAGCCUACGACCACCUCUUCAAGUUGCUGCUGAUCGGGGACUCGGGGGUGGGCAAGACUUGUCUGAUCAUUCGCUUUGCAGAGGACAACUUCAACAGCACUUACAUCUCCACCAUCGGAAUUGAUUUCAAGAUCCGAACUGUGGACAUAGAGGGGAAGAGGAUCAAACUUCAAGUCUGGGACACGGCUGGCCAAGAACGAUUCAAGACAAUAACUACCGCCUAUUACCGUGGAGCCAUGGGCAUUAUCCUCGUAUAUGACAUCACAGAUGAGAAAUCCUUCGAGAAUAUUCAGAACUGGAUGAAAAGCAUCAAAGAGAAUGCCUCUGCUGGAGUGGAGCGCCUCCUUCUGGGAAACAAGUGUGACAUGGAGGCCAAGCGGAAGGUGCAGAAAGAGCAGGCUGAGAAGUUGGCCCGAGAGCACAGAAUCCGAUUUUUUGAGACGAGUGCCAAAUCCAGUGUGAAUGUGGAUGAGGCUUUCAGUUCCCUGGCCCGUGACAUCUUGCUCAAGACAGGAGGCAGGAGAUCGGGAAACAGCAACAAGCCCUCAAGCACUGAACUGAAAACAUCUGACAAGAAGAACAGCAACAAGUGCUCCUUGGGCUGAGGAACAUUUCUUGCCUCCUAUUCACCCUGAACCUGGAGGCUAGACCUGAGGGAGGUGGACUGAGGGGAUUACAGAGGGGAGAACUGUGGUGGCACCUGGAGGGGUAGAUGAUGGGAAUAAGGAGAAAUAAGGACUGAAAGGAAGAAAGGGGCAGGGAAAGGAGGGGGAGGAACCAAGGAUAUGAAAGGUGAACAGAAGGGCUUUGAGAAGAGGAAAGGAAGAAGAAAUGAAUGGCUCAGGUCUUGGACAGUCCAACAUUAAUGCCAACAUGCUGAUCUCUCCAUUCCUGGUUCAGGGUUAGGGUCCGGAGAGACUUGGCGCUACUGCGAGGGUCCCUCACUCUGCAGGGUCUUUGUUAGUAUUAAAGGCCACUGUUUUGCAUGAA